AUGAAGAGCGUCGCCAUGUUUUUCACAAUGUUCCUCUUAGCUUCGCUGAUCCCCACGGAUGCCUUGUCAUCUUUGAACACCGUGUCUCGUCGCGCAGUUCUCGCACAGUCCGCUGGAUUUGCGACUGUCAGUGUUUGGGGACCCGCUUCCUGGGCCGUCGAUGCCUCUCUCAUCGACGAUCUUACCUCUUCUAUUGACAAACUUCGUCCAAUUCCAGACCUUCUCGAGGAAAAAGAGUGGGAUAAGGUGCGGUCAAUACUUAAGCUUCCUCCCGUCAAUAAGCUAUGGAAUCUUGGUGAUUGCCGUAAACGAUGUAAUCCUGACGAGAGGUUUUCUUCUCUUUCCGUGAUCCAAAAGUCACAAAAUAUUGUGCUAAAAUUGGCACAAGACACAGGUAACAUUGACCUAUUCGAACUGAAGGAAGAAUUGGCAUACACUUUACAAAUGUGCGACCAAAUUACGUACAACAACGCGUUUGUCUACUUUCAGCCGGGCAGCGGAAAGUUUAAAAUAAAAGAGCCUCAAGAGCUAGCAAGGCAAGCCAUGAAACAGAUCCAAGAUGUAAUCGAUGCUGCUAUCGAAUAG